AUAACCAUUGUUCCCAAAGACCAAUAACCGAUUAGCAUUGUUCCCAACAACCAAUCACUGAUUAGUAUAGUUCAACAACCUAUCCUCGAUCACCACCGUUCCCAAUGAUCAAUCACUUCUCACCAUUGUUCAAACACUGAUAAGAAAUGUUUGUCCCACCAACGCACUUCUUAGAUCUUUGUUUUAAUCUCUCUUGGUGAUAUUUACAAGUAAUAAAAGCAAGUUAUUGUUUCCUUUGUGUCUAUGUCCCAACUCCUCACUGCCACUGAUUCUUGUCGCUUUUCUUGACAGGAAUUACAGUAGUAUGGUGCCAUGACUAAAGACGCCUUGAAACGUCUUCAGAAAAUCUUCAUGUAAUAUGUUUUGAUAUGCAACUGAACAUGACAAUUCAGUGAAUAUGGAAAUUAGUGGAUGAUGUCAUCUAGUGAAUUCUAGUGACUUUUUUGAGCAUGAAUUAUCUACUUUCCAGUGAAAAGUGCAACACCGGUCAAAAUAUAAGUUGUGCAGCUUUGGACCAGUCAAGUCUGAGAUUAAUGGAUAUCAUAAUACCUAGAAACCUCUAGCUUCAAAGCUUACGUACUACACAGCUAAUGGUAGUUGUAUGUUAUGGUGUAUUUGCACAGAUUUGGAUACUGGUAAAUAAAAUAGCUGAGAACACGACAAUGCACAUUGUGACUCAGAUACCAACACCCCACUUGUGUCAACAAACAGAUGCUAGUUCAUCAGCUAGCUGACUCGUUCUGGAAAUACUAGGAGGACAUGGAGGUCUCUCCAAACACCAUUUUCAUGUACAUUCCUAGCUUUUAAUAUUUUUUUAUGAGAAUAAAAGUGCAGAGAUGUCCUUAAGCCAUUUUAUGACUAACCAAACAGUUUAUUAAAUGACAUUAUUUUAAUGGUUAAAAUGAUAUAUUCAGAGGUAUUCUAUAAUGAGCCUGUGGAUUCUGUAGAAUUACUGCAGUCAGCAAACUGAGCAUCCGUGUGCUGGUAAAUUCAUUUCAAGCCUGCGCUCCUGAGGGAGAUCAGCUCUCUCUGCAAGCAGGAAAUCCCAAAUGAAGUUUCAGGCUUUGAACAAAGUGCCUUUAGGUUAGCCCCAGACCCACUGUACUCACUUACUGCUGCCUCCUCUAGUAUCAUAUUUUCCAAAAAACAAUACUUCUUUGCAGAAUUCAUUUCGGUUUUCACAGAAAUGCAGGCAGAAACUUGAAAAAUGAUGGAUCAGUUAGUGUGCGGGAUUUCCAGCUAACUCUUCAGACGGCAUAGUCAAUCAAAUGACAAUUAAAUUAUGUCUUAUUUUAAAGCACAGAAACAGAAAAAUUAAGCUCUUCUGUGGAAAGAAUGCUGAGUUCAACAUGAAGAUCAUAUAUAAAAAUAAGACUUUGAACAUAACCACCAGUCUCUGGGUGCAUUUUAACUCUGGGUUUUACAAGAUGGGUGUUCAAAUGAUAAUAGCCAUAAAAAAGGACACACUAAACCUAAGAGGUAUGUAAUUAUGUAAAAGUACAGUUAGCCUUGGGGCAACUAUUUUAGCACAGGGAUAUGAGUGAAAAACUGAAGUUUACACCAAAUUCCACAUGGGAAAUUAAAGGUAGAGACGCCCCUAUCUGAUCAUUCCACUAUUCCACAAGCUGGUGCUUAUCAGCUGCUUAAUGCAGGCCUUGUUUUUGUCCGGACGCUUGCUCGUUAAUUUGCUGAGCUCUUCACAUGCACUAAUUGUCCUGAGAGCCUCACCAGUGCUGACUCUAGCACUGAGCACAAGCUUGACCUCAUCACGGAAACUUCCAAACACAAUACACUGAUAUACAUUAAUGAAGGCGUUAUCUGGGAUAUGGCAUGGCUCAUUCCCAUUUCUUCUGCUCAUAAUCCUCUUUCUAGGUUUAGAGGCUACAUUUUUACAAUUCUUUUGACAUUCCAGCUGAAGGAUUUCUACAGCAUGUCAUUUUUGAGUGACUUCCAAUCAACCCCGUGGGUGACUAAGAAUUUGCUCACUGGUCAAAAAUGAACAAAACACAGCCAUUCUCCUACACUUUGAGGGCUAUACAGAUAAAAGUGAUCAUGCUGUGACUUCAUGUGGUAUUGCAUAAGAUGUCCAACAUUUAGCAAGAAUUAUGCAUGUAUAAGACAGUUAGAGUCCUGCUUCAUGAAGCAGCACGCUCCCUCCCUAUUAGUGCCCCGCAAAAACAUUUAGCCUUGGGGCAAACACACUACUCUGGUAUUUCCUGUCAAAGCUCUGUCUUACUUUUGACCUGUGACCUUUUAAAGCUGCAUAUGGAGGAAGUGUUGGGGUCAGCUUCUAUUCCUAUACUUCUCUGGAUGAUGACCUCAUCGUCUAAGCCAACAGAGGACGAGAUUAUGAACGAUGUCAUCAAGAAGGUGAAAACUAAAGGAGAAUGGAAGGUGCUGGUGGUAGAUAAACUGAGCAUGAGAAUGUUGUCAUCCUGCUGCAAAAUGACAGAUAUUAUGUCUGAAGGAAUCACAAUUGUUGAGGACAUCACUAAACGCCGUGAACCCCUUCCCACUAUGGAGUCCAUUUAUCUUUUAACCCCCUCGGAUGAGUCUGUGGAGGGACUCAUUAAUGAUUUCAGAGAUCCCCGUGCCCCAUCAUACAGAGGAGCUCAUGUCUUCUUCACAGAUGCGAUCCCAGACUCUUUGUUCAGCCUCCUCACCAAAUCCCGAGCAGCCAAAGUGAUAAAGACUCUGACUGAGAUUAACGUCGCCUUCCUGCCCUAUGAGUCACAGGUGUUCUCUGUGGACAGAGUCAAUGCCUUUCAGGACUUUUAUAGCCCAUUUAAAGCAGAUGUAAAAAACCAGAUGCUGGAGCGCUUGGCUGAGCAGAUCGCCACCCUGUGUGCCACCCUGAAAGAAUAUCCAGCUGUCAGAUACAGAGGAGAGUAUAAAGACAAUGCCAUUCUGGCUCAGAUGCUGCAGGACAAACUGGAUGGCUACAAAGCUGAUGAUCCCACUAUGGGUGAGGGACCAGAUAAGGCCCGCUCACAGCUGCUGAUUUUGGACAGAGGAUUUGAUCCUGUCUCUCCAGUGUUACAUGAGCUCACCUUCCAGGCCAUGGCCUAUGACCUGCUGCCCAUCGAGAAUGAUGUCUACAAAUAUGAGACGACUGGAAUAGGAGACACUCGUAUGAAGGAAGUGUUGCUGGACGAAGAUGAUGACCUCUGGGUCACGCUCAGGCACAAACACAUUGCUGAAGUCUCCACGGCUGUGACAAAAUCACUAAAGGAGUUCUCUUCUAGUAAAAAGAUGAACACAGGAGAGAAGACCACCCUAAAGGAGCUGAGCCAGAUGUUGAAGAAGAUGCCGCAGUAUCAGAAAGAACUGAGCAAGUACUCUACUCACCUGCACUUGGCAGAAGACUGUAUGAAGCAAUAUCAGGGCACAGUAGACAAACUCUGCCGUGUGGAGCAGGACUUGGCCAUGGGUGCAGAUGCAGAAGGAGAGAAGCUCAAAGAUCCCAUGAGAGCGAUUGUGCCCAUCCUCCUGGACUCCAAUGUCACCAUCUUCGACAAAAUCCGUAUCAUUCUCCUCUACAUCUUCCUCAAAAAUGGUGUAACUGAGGAGAACCUUUGUAAACUUCUGCAGCAUGCGCAGAUCCCUCCAGAGGACAGUGACAUCAUCUCAAACAUGGCUCAUAUGGGAGUGCCCAUCAUCUCAGAACAAUCCACCACACGAAAGAAGAAAGCUGAUCGUAAGGAAAGAAUCAGUGAGCAGACCUACCAGCUCUCCAGAUGGACUCCUAUGGUGAAAGACAUCAUGGAGGAUGCUAUUGAAGAUAAACUGGAUCCGAAGCAAUAUCCAUACAUCUCUACACGUACAGCCUUGUGCAAAACCACAACAGCUACCAGUGCACGGUAUGGAAACUGGCACAAGAAUAAAAGCCCAGGAGAAAUGCGAACAGGUCCUCGGGUCAUUGUCUUCAUCAUUGGGGGCGUGACCUACAGCGAAAUGCGCUGUGCCUACGAGGUCACGCAGGCCAACGGCAAAUGGGAGGCUCUUAUUGGUUCUACACACACUAUCACCCCCAAUAAGUACUUAAAGGACCUGCAGCACCCGGACUUCCUGGACCCUAAUGCAGCUCCGGAGGACCAGGUCACUGCUGAAGACUGAGACACUUUGUGAGUGUCCAUCCCUCAGAAGCAGUGCAGUCUGUGAGUCCCCUGAUCCUUUAUUAGCCCUUAUUCACUGACAUGGUGCUGGCACGUAAUUUUGUCCAAAAAAAAAAGUGCAACAGGUUUUUUUUUUCUCACUCACCAUUUUCCAGUCACGUUCAAGGUCAUAUUAAUGAGAAAUCCAAUGUAGUGCCAGAGCGCAAUGCAGAUAUUUGACAGAUUUGCCCUGAGUUGUGCCUGAAACUCAGCUCAGCUAGUUAGAGUCCUACAAGAUGAUGAGCGUGAUGGCAUUGAUGAUGGUAUUAGCAUGAAAUUUGAAGCUUUGGAAGCUGAGCAGAGCAUACAGAUAAGAAAGUGAGAGAGCUGGACAGACUAAAGGAACAAAGCAUCGCUGCAUCACCCUCUUAAGGUAGAGAUCCAGCAAGGGAGAAUCCAGAACUGCAUAAUUCUGUGAAUUCAAGCUACAAAAUGGGAAAGAAUCAUAGACGCCUCCAUUAUUUGUCUUUUGUUAGCAACAAUGUAGUAAGUUAAGUGUGACGAGGGAUGUAUUUACCUCCUCGAAACAGCAAACUCUAUAGUCAGCGUUAUAGAUUUAACCAGUGAAUAUGUCUGUAUAUUGAUUGAUCUAAGGCAAAUACUUGGAUAUACAAUAUAAUUCAUUGAAAAUUUAAAAAAGUGCUAUUUUGUUUACUGUUGAUGCUGUGAGCAGACAUGGUGAUACGAUGUCAUGGCCUGAACUUGGGGCUGAGGAGACCAUCCUGGGUUUCGGUUUGGUUGGUUUAGUUGAAUGCAGCAUUCAUCCCACUGCACCACUGCACCACAUGUAGUCAAACGGCAUUGUGGGUAAUGUAAGAAACAAUUAACCAACAUGAAAGUAAAUUAAAAAAAAUUCAGAAUUUCAUUAAAUACAUCAUGGAUGAACGUCAUUCAGGGUGGAUUGUCUUUUAAAAAGCAAACAAACUCCAGCACUACGUCAGUGGAAAAGAGGUAUAAAUUUCCAUCCCUCUCCCUCACUCCCACAAGACUCACUCCCUGCUGGGGACAUAAAUAAUAAUUACAAUUCAGUUAUGUUCAUCAAAAUAUUCCACAGACAUUCCAGUUUAGAAUACAAUACAAAGUUCAAAAUGGUGUUUUUUUACAGCUUCUGUAGAUUUUCUUUAAGAACAUCAGAGAGAUAUAUUCCUGCUGGUUCUGAUGAUCAGGUCUGCAGUAGACUUUAAUUAAAACUCCUGUGUUUAUAGGUACAGAGGUGCAGAAACUCAUACACUCAUGCUUGAUAUCUGACAUUUCUUUUUUUUUUCUUCCUGAAGUUUAAAUCUGAUCAUUUAUUAAAUAUAUCUGUAAUAUGGCUGUGUAUAAAAAAAUCUCUCAAAGGCAAAUUGGACAGUUUAGAUCUGCCUCUCGAUGUGUUUCAUACAGUUACAUAACUCAUCAUGUAGGGUGAAUCAAUACUACCUCCACUUUUAUCUCAAUAUAACAAUUCAGCUAAAUAUAACAGUGUGAUGAAGUGAGCAAUCGUGCAUCAGUUGAGUUACUGAGUAGAUGAGUAACAUGAGUAGAUGUCUAGUAUUGUCAAAUUAUAUAAUUUAUAGAAUAGUUUUGAAUUAAAUUGGUGAAUUUUGGGCCCCUACAUGAUUCAGUAUAUGAAGAAAAACACGUGAAAUAUGAUUUAAUUAACUAAAAACAAUUUGGAAUUCUUAGAACAUAUUAGAUUUUUAACUAUCUGAGAAAAAAUUCAGAUUUUUAGUCAGUAUAAACAGAAUUGUUUCAUAAUUAGUUAUUUAUUAUGGUGAAUUUCUUAGGAUACACCUUUAGUUCAUUUCUUUCGAUUUCUUCUUAAAGCUUCAGGUUCAGGAUUGUGAGUUAUAUUAUCAUUUUUGCGGUCUCCACUACCUGUCUUGUAUAUUGUGUGACAAUGUUAAAUGAUGUGCUGCAUUGUGUUUCUAUUCUAUUGUCCGUUUCAAUUCUUACAUUUAACACAUUAUUAAUCUUCUGUGAUCGUGUUUGUUGAAAGUUUGUUUCUUAUUUGCUCUAGUUUAGUUCUCUUCCUCAAAUGUCUGUCACAUGAUCUGCUUUCUCUUUUGUUGAUACUGUCAUUAUUUAUUUAACCCAAAAAUGGGACUGUAAAUUACGACUUAAUCGUGAAUUCAAUUAUGAAUAAUUAUCUGUACACAAAGGCUGUAAGGAAAUAUAUCUUAUUCAUGUAUAUUGAGUAUAUCUUCUCAAAGCAAAUGUGGUACUGAUGUCUAAUAAAAAGGUGUGUGUCUGUGUGUGGAUAUGUUUUUCAUUGU